UGUGACAUUUUCUUGUUACUAACUAUUUCACGAUCAACUGUUAGUGGUAUUAUACCAAAGUGGAAGCAACUGGGUACAACAGCAACUCAGCCACCAAGUGGUAGGCCACAUAAAAUGACAGAGCGGGGUCAGUGCAUGCUGAAGCACACAGUGCGCAGAACUCGCCAACUGUCUGCAGAGUCAAUAGCUAAAAACCUCCAAACUUCGUGUGGCCUUCAGAGAGCUUCAUGGAAUGAGUUUCCAUGGGCCGAGCAGCUGCAUCCAAGUCUUGAAUCACCAUGUGCAAUGCAAAGCGUCGGAUGCAGUGGUGUAAAGCACGCCACCACUGGACUCUAG